AUGGAGCCAAAGGUGCCCCAGUUGCGGAGGAGAGAAGGGCUGAGAGAGGAGCCGGAGAAGGGAACCCGUGGAGAAGGGAACUCGACGACGCACAGAACCCCAGACUUGGUGCAAUGGACCCGACAUAUGGAGGCUGUGAAGACACAGUUUCUGGAGCAAGCACAGAGAGAGUUGGCAGAGCUGUUGGAUCGGGCCAUAUGGGAGGUUGUGCAAGCCAACCCCAAACAAGACAGACCUCUUCCCUCCACUGCCUCAGAUUCUACAAGCAAGACCCAAGAAUUACACCCUGGGAAACGGAAAGUUUUUGUCACCCGCAAGUCACUGCUCGAUGAGCUAAUGGAGGUGCAACAUUUCCGAACCAUCUACCACAUGUUCAUAGCAGGUCUAUGUGUCUUGAUCAUCAGUACCCUGGCCAUCGACUUCAUUGAUGAGGGCAGGUUGAUGCUGGAGUUUGACAUACUCAUCUUCAGCUUCGGACAGCUGCCCUUGGCGCUGAUGACAUGGGUACCCAUGUUCCUGUCCACGCUGCUAGUGCCCUACCAGACCCUGCGGCUGUGGGCCAGGCCGCGCGCAGCGGGCGCCUGGGUGCUGGGGGCCAGCCUGGGCUGCGUUCUGCUGGCUGCCCACGCCGCGGUGCUCUGCGUUCUGCCGGUGCACGUGUCAGUAAAGCAUGAGCUUCCACCCGCCUCGCGCUGCGUGCUUGUCUUUGAGCAGGUCAGAUUCCUGAUGAAAAGCUACUCCUUCCUGAGAGAGACUGUGCCUGGCAUCUGCUGUGUCAGAGGAGGGAAGGGCGUCUGCACCCCGAGUUUCUCCAGCUAUCUCUACUUCCUCUUCUGCCCUACACUUAUCUACAGAGAGACAUACCCCAGGACACCCAGCAUCAGGUGGAACUAUGUGGCCAAGAACUUUGCCCGGGCCCUGGCUGUUUUGCUCUACGCCUGCUUCAUCCUGGGACGUCUCUGUGUCCCUGUCUUUGCCAAUAUGAGCCUGGAACCCUUCAGUACCCGGGCUUUGCUGCUGUCCAUCUUGCAUGCCACAGGGCCAGGCAUCUUCAUGCUGCUCCUCAUCUUCUUCGCCUUCCUGCACUGCUGGCUCAACGCCUUCGCCGAGAUGCUGCGGUUUGGAGACAGGAUGUUUUAUCGGGACUGGUGGAACUCUACUUCCUUCUCUAACUACUACCGCACCUGGAACGUGGUGGUCCAUGACUGGUUGUACAGCUACGUGUAUCAAGAUGGGCUGUGGCUCUUAGGCAGGCAGGCUCGCGGAGUGGCCAUGCUAGGAGUGUUCCUGGUGUCUGCGGUGGUUCAUGAAUACAUCUUCUGCUUCGUCCUGGGGUUCUUCUACCCAGUCAUGCUGAUGCUUUUCCUUGUGGUCGGGGGGCUGCUGAACUUCACCAUGAACGACAGACACACAGGUCCAGCCUGGAAUGUCCUGAUGUGGACCUUACUCUUCCUGGGCCAGGGCAUCCAGGUCAGCCUAUACUGCCAGGAGUGGUACGCUCGGCGGCACUGUCCCUCACCCCAGACAACAUUCUGGGGACUGGUGACACCCCGCUCUUGGUCCUGCCAUCCCUAGGAGUCAAUGCUUCAUGCUGUACAGACGACGGGCAUCAAGC